AGACAGCGAGAUCGAGAUCAUCAUCGAUCAUCAAGACAUGACGAUGAUCGACAUCAUACUAGUCGUCGUUCUGAAAGAUCUCCGGAAAAAGAAAUACCAUUACCAGAAGAAGAAAUAGUACAAUUCAAUCCAGAAGAUGUUGUACUGGAUUUUUAUACAUCGGAUUUAAAUUUGACUAUUAAUACGGAUUGUUUAUCAGCAUCGAAUAAAUCUAAUGAUGCUUUAUGUUUUUUAUGGGCUGGUACACGCGCAACUUAUGGAUUUAAACAAGGAAAAAUUUGUUAUGAAAUUCGAAUAACUGAAAUAAUCGAUUGUCCACAUAUGCCAGAUAGUGAAAAAGAAAAAUAUGGUAUACGUAUUGGUUGGUCAAAUUUAUAUUCUGGUCUUCAUGCACUACAAUUAGGUGAAUUUAAUGAUUCAUUUGCUUAUACAUAUAGCGGAAAGAAAAUGAGUAAAAUUAAUGAUGAACUAUCUGAAGAUACGUAUGGUGAAUCAUUCGGUCUGUCAGAUAUUCUUGGAUGUUAUAUCGAAUUUGGAUAUAAUGAUGAUGAGAAUUUAAUAAAUAUAUCAUUUACAAAAAAUGGUCAAGAUUUUGGUCAAGCAUUUGAAUUAGAUAAAAGAAAAUUUUCAAAUGAUGAUGAUGAUGAUAAUGCUAAUAAUGAAAAUCGUCUCAUAUUUUAUCCCCAUAUUUUAGUUAAAAAUAUUAAAUUUGAAUGUAAUUUUGGACAAUUAGAAACUUCAUGGUCACAAAUAAAGAAUGAUUAUAUAUUUUCACAAAAUAUUCCAUUAGAUGAA